GUAUAUGAACAAUUUCAUUCAUUAAAUCAUAAUAAUUUAUUCAUUUGAAGCUAUGCUACUAAAGUUAAAUAAGAAAUUAUGAAUUACCUAAUUUAACACAAUAUAAAAUAAAUACUAUAAAAAUUAUAUAAAUUUCUAUAAAUUAUAUAAUAGUUGUAUUUAAAUUAAAUUAAUAUUAUUAUUAUUAUUAUAAAAUGAGUGAACGUAAAGCAGUUAUUAAAAAUGCUGAUAUGAGUAAUGAAAUGCAAGAGGAUGCAAUCCAUAUAGCUGCUGGUGCUUUAGAUAAGCAUGAUUUAGAAAAAGAUAUAGCUGCUAAUAUUAAAAAAGAAUUCGAUCGUAAAUAUAAUCCAACAUGGCAUUGUAUCGUUGGACGAAAUUUUGGAAGUUAUGUAACACAUGAAACACAUAAUUUUAUAUAUUUCUAUUUGGAUGAUCGAGCAUUCCUUCUAUUUAAAUCUGGAUAAAAGAAUGAUUUAUAAAAGAACUUAUGAAGAUAAUAAUAUUUAAAAGCACAAAUUUAUGCAUCUAUUGAAUGUACUUGACUUUUCUUAUAUUUGUCUUCAUUGAUUGCAUUGUAUUAUGUUGGUGAUAAAAAAAGAAAGGAAAACUGAUUGAUUUAAAAAGAAUAUAUCAUUGUUCUUUAAUAUGUCGAGUGUUUAUUUCUUGGCGAUUUAUUUGAAAUAUUAAAACAUAAUUUUGAUGUUAAUUAUUAUAUUUAUAUGCUUAGUGUAUGCACAAUUUUUAUCACUUGAGAAAUGAUAUGUUUUCCAGAUAGAACUGAUAAAAUAUACAUACCGAAUGAUAAAGAUUAUCUGAGAGAAGAACACUGUAUCUUGACACUUUUUUUAGACAGCUGAAGCUAGACCACUAUGGAAAACCUGGAAGCAAUAGAUAGCCGCUUCAUUCUAACAUGAUAAUCCUCAACAGUGCGAAUCCUUGAUCCGACCUCGCGAGAUUCGAACUCAAGACUUAUCAGUCUCGUGCGCGAAUGCUUAACCCCUAAACUACUGAGCUGGCAUC